CCUUGGUGAAGGACGAUUGCUUACUAACAUUUUGCACACGCGUACAAAUAGCAAUUAAUAUCAUGCGAUGAAGACAAAGACACCUCUUCCCUAUUCAUUUUAAGGGCAGCAAGGGCAACAACAAGAUUUUGCUGGCUCGCUCGUUAAAAAGCAUGGCAUUAUAUUAAAACUCAAAUCGCAUGCCAAAGGGCUAUGUCUGCAGACUUACCAACAUAGAAGAAUACGAGAUGCCGCUUACAGCAGAUUUAAUCGUCACUCAACUGUUUUCUAUCAUAAAGCUGGUCGUGCGUACUUACCGUGCACUCGACUCCUCUUUGUCACUGCCAAAAACGAACAAUGAAACCUGAAGAUGCCGAUGGAAGCAAUCUUAAGACUGAGAAAAGAUAUCAAAAGACGGCCAAAGUAGGUGAAGGUACCUAUGCCGUUGUAUACAGAGGUACUCAAUCGGAUACGGGACGCAUGGUUGCCAUUAAAAAGAUCAAAAUGGGACAAUUUAAAGACGGACUGGAUUUAACGGCCAUUCGUGAAGUCAAAUAUCUUCGAGAACUGCGGCAUCCCAAUGUCAUUGAUUUAAUUGACGUGUUCUCGCACAAGACGAGCUUGAAUUUAGUGUUGGAGUACUUGGAUUCGGACCUCGAGCAGGUGAUCAAAGACAGAUCCAUUUUAUUCAUGCCAGGCGAUAUCAAGGCAUGGAUGUUAAUGACCCUCCGAGGACUGGAUCAUUGCCACCGCCACUAUAUUCUUCAUCGGGAUAUGAAGCCCAACAACUUGUUAAUAACACAUGAUGGCGUAUUAAAGAUUGCAGAUUUUGGUCUGGCAAGGGAUUGGGGCGAUCCUGGACGACAAAUGACUUCACAGGUGGUGACACGAUGGUACCGAUCGCCUGAACUCCUGUUUGGUGCUCGAGAAUAUACCUAUGCGGUCGACAUUUGGGCUGUUGGAUGCAUCUUUGCAGAGCUCAUGUUACGGACGCCGUAUAUUGCAGGAGAUUCAGAUCUGGAUCAAUUGACGAAAAUAUUCCAUGCGCUGGGUACACCGACAGAAGCUGACUGGCCUGGGAUGACAUCGCUACCCAACUAUAUUGCAUUCAAAACAUUCCCCAAAGUGCCUCUGCGAUCAUACUUUACUGCAGCUGGCUCUGACGCUCUGGACCUAUUGGAGAAAAUGAUCGCCUUUGAUCCAAGCAAACGAUGGAAUACGACCGUAUGUCUCAAGCAUCCUUAUUUCCGCAACGCACCUUUGGCUACCAAACCUGAAAGUCUACCAAAAAAGGCACCGGAUGUGGAACAGGUGGCACAGACACUCAAGCGGAAAGCAGGAACAAUGGGUGAUGAUGGCUCAUAUCAAGAUUCGAAAAAGUUCAAAGCAUAAGUCCACCACUGCCACUACCCAUUACUACACCAACAAACUUAACUGCUCAACUAUAGUAUAUAGCAAUAUCACAUAGCACCAUCACAUCAUUCUGUAAAUAACAUGUUUUUCCCU